AUGAUUUUCCUAGCCACUUAAUAGAUUGAGGCAUCCCUGGAUUUGAGUGCUGAGGAAUUGGGAUACUUGGGGUCACUGGUUUAUGCAGGUAUUUCGAUGGUUGGAUUAUUUGGGGGGAAGCUAUUCAUACAUUUCAAUGCUAAGUUGAUAGUCUCAAUUAGUUACUUAGGAAUGCUGGGUUCUCUGUUGAUGUUUCCUCAACAUUACAAGAGCAGUUGGCUGUUUUAUUUGAGUAGAUUUUUAACAGGCUGUGCAUAAGCACCUAUGAUGAUUUAUUUCCCAGUAUGGGUGGACAACUUUGGAGGAGAAUCAAAGACAAUUUGGUUAACAAUUUUGUAGGGUGUGAUUCCUUUGGGAAUAUUUGUUGGAUACGUGUUGUCAAGUGUGAUUUCGAACAUAUGGACCUGGCAAUUAGCCUUUUAUGCUUAAGUUGUAUUGUUAAUUCCAUGUGCAAUAUGUUUUAUUUUGUUUGUGAGAACAAAGGAUUUCGAGAUAAAAAGAGCUAGAAGGAGCAAAAUAGAUAAAAAGUCAGUGAACCCUGAUGAUGUAGGUGCUUCGAUGCUGAGUGUGAGUUCUCAUAAAUCAUACUGGCAAAUGAUGGGAGAAUUGUACUCUAUAAAAUUAUGGUUGUGUUGUACAAUAGUGAUCAGCAUACUAUAUUUCAUAGUAACAGGUAUACAAUUUUGGAUGACUGAUUAUAUGAUAAUAGAGAUGCAUCAAAAUCAGAAAACAGUUAAUGUAGUUUUUGCAGUAGUCUCAAUUACAGCCCCAGUCUUUGGUUGUAUAACAGGAGGAUUGAUUGCUUAGAAAUUGGGAGGUUAUGAGAGAACUAAAUCACUUUACAUUUGUGUACUCUACUGUUUUAUUUGCUGUUUGAGUGCUGCUCCAGUGCCAUUUACAGAUACAUUUUGGUUCGGAGCCUUAUGUGUUUGGUUCCUAUUGUUUUUUGGUGGAGCAAUAGUUCCCCCAUUGAUGGGAAUCAUGCUCUCUUCAGUUCCUAAACACUUGAAGGCCUUUGCAAAUUCAAACACAACAAUGUUUUAGAAUUUAUUUGGCUUUUUACCAGCACCUUCUAUUUAUGGAUUUCUCUUGGAAAGAUAUAAUGCAAAAGUGGCCAUAUUCACCUUGAUGUAUUACUCAGUUUUUGGAUUACUGUUUAUGUUUAUUGCUGUUUAUUUCAAGAAAUAAGAAAUUAAAAAUAGAAAAAAAAAUCCCACUUCAGUUAUCAAUAGAACAGAGUCAGUACUUGAGGAUGAAGAGAACUUCAAUAUCACAGAUAGAGUACUUCAAUAUGGUGAUAUGCCGUUGAGUGUUUCAUUGGCUCAACAUAUUGACGAUCAAAUACCAAAUUAUGAAUACGAAGGCACUAAAGAAUAAUAAUAAGAAUGA